AUGUUAAAUGUUGAUUUCUUUGAAAAAAAAAAAAAUUAUUUAAAUAAAGAAAUAAAAGGUGAAUAUAAUAAUUUAUCUUUAUUAAACCUUAUAGAUAAUUGGUGUGAUAUUGAAACGAAUAAAUAUCCCAUUAAAAAUGAAGAAAUAUUAAAAAAGAUAAAAUUAGAUAUAAAAAAAUUUAUAUACGCCAAUAUUUUAUAUAAAACGAAAACAAAUUUUAAUUUAUUUUGUACGUUUUACAAUUAUAAAUAUAACUAUGAUACUAAAUAUGUUAAUAAUCAAUAUUUAUUUGAUAUAUGUUCUAAUAGCUAUAAUUAUUUCUAUGAAUUACUAAAAAAACAUUAUCAAGAAAAGAAGAAAUUUAGUUUUGACAUUUAUAAUGAAAAUAGCGAUUGCUCAUUUGACAAUUAUAAUGAAAAUAAUACAAAUAAUUUGAACAAUUUAAAAAAUGAAAGAAAUGAUUGUGUUAAAGAAGAUAAAAGUGAUAAUAUUAAUCAUAAUUUUAAAAAUUUAAAUUUAAUCAAUGGAAAAAAUAAAUAUAUGAAAUAUACAGAUGAUUUCUUUGAAAUAAGUUAUAAAAAAAGUAAUUCAAAUCAAAAUAUACUUGUGUUAACAAAAUUAUAUACUUCAAUGAUUUAUUAUUGCUUUAUACUAAUAAAAAAUAAAUAUUAUUUAGAUUUUAUUUGCUUAUAUUUAUAUUUUAAAUGUUACUUUUCAGUAGAUAAAUUAAUAAUAAAAAAAAAUACAGUAUUAAAAUUUACCUCUCAUGAAUCUUUUUUAAAUUUACUGUUUUUAUUAUCUAAUUUUUUGAAUAAUUUAGAUGAAGAUGAAAUAAAUAAAAAAGAUAACUUUGAUUUCAAUCAGAUAAAAAAAUUUUAUAAUUUUGAUGAAUUUAAUGAAAAUAUUAAAAUUGGAAAUAUUAGUAAGUUGUCCUUUAAUUUACUUUUAAAUUUAAGAGUUAGAAUUAAUUUUAAUGAGAUAAAUUAUGAUUUAAGUAUAAAUAAAUAUAAAAAUAUUUGUGAUUAUAUAUUAUUAUUUCAAAAUGAAUAUACUAAAAAAUAUAUUAUGAAAUUAAAUGAAAUAAAUAGUUUAACAUUAAUAUAUAAACAACAUAUUUUAAAAGAAGAAAAAAAUAACAAUGAUUUCAAUUUUUCAAAUGAUGGUAGUUUUCCUUUAUACAACUUUUCUUUUUUAUCAGUUAAUAAUGAAAAUGAUUAUAAUAGUAAUUAUAUAAAUAAUCGUAGUAAUUAUAUAAAUAAUCGUAGUAAUUAUAUAAAUAAUUGUAGUAAUUAUAUAAAUAAUCGUAGUAAUAAUAUAAAUAAUCGUAGUAAUAAUGAAUAUUUUACAAGUUACAUAGAUAAAAAUUUUUCUAAAAUGUCUUUAUAUGAUAAUGAAAACAAUAAUUAUAUUAGUAUAAAAGAAAAAUUCUACAAUAAUUUUAAUAUAUUUAAUAAUAAUAAAUAUUUAUCAUUAUAUAAUGAGGAUAUUAAUAUUUCUACAAGUAAAGAUAAUUUUUCUAUGAUUUCUAAAAAUUACAAUAAUUUUAUAGAAAAUAAUGAUAUAAAUGAAAAUAUUUUAAUAAAGAAAUAUAUAGAAGGAAAAAUCUUAAAAAGAGAAUUUAAUAAUUGUAAUUAUAAUAACACAUUCAACAUAAAGUAUUAUAAUGUUAGCCAAAUUCUUACUUUCAAUGUUGAUGAUAUAUAUAAAGAUGAACUGGAAUUACAAGAUAUAGAUUACAUAAAUAUUUAUAAUUACUGUAAAAAUAAAAAAGAUAUAGAAAAUAAUAAUAAGAUCAUUGAUAUAUUUUAUGAAGAUAUGAAUGCUUCUAAUGACAAUUUACAUAAUACAAAUAAAAUUGAAGACAAUUUUAUGUGGAUGAAAUCUUUUAUGAAUGAUACAUCUGUUUUAAAAAUGUUAGAAAGGAAAAUUGUAAUAGAUAAAAAAGAAAAACAUAAAAAUUAUUUUUUGAGUAUAAUUAAUAGUAUAUAUGUUACUCUACAUAAAAAUAUAAUAAGUAGUAUAAAUAAUAGAAUAGAAGAAUAUAGAUUUUUAAUUUUAAAAAGAUUUUUUUUUUUUUGCAGUAGAAAUUAUUAUAAUAAAUUUAAUGAUACCAUGAACUGGAAACAUAAAAUAUUAAACUGUUUAAAUGGAUAUGAAAACGAAAUAUUUUCAUGUUAUUAUGAUAGUAAUAAUAAAAAUAUAGUAGAUAUUUAUAAAGAAAAAACAAAAAAUUUUAAGAAUGGUUGUAUAUAUAUUAGUAAAAAUGUUAUAUGUGUUGAUAAGAAUAUAGCAUUUUGGAUUAGAAAAAAGAACACGAAAAUAUUCCAUCUUUAUUUCAAACCAUUUCAUAAUUAUUUUUCAUCCUUUUUUUAUCAAAAAUAUCUACACGUAUUUAUUUACUUUUCUAAAAUAGGAACAUUAAUUAGAUAUAUAAAAAUUUUUAUUCUUGUUUUUACAAAAAUUAUUUAUAAAAAAAAAAAAAAAUCUCUUAAUUCAAAAAAUAUUUUUACAAAAAAAAUAAUGGAAGAUAUUAAUAUCAUAAAUAAUGAAAGAGAAGAACAAAAAAAAAAAAAAAAAAAAAAAAAUAAUCACUUAUAUUCUGAAGAGGAAAUACCAUUAGGAAAAGUAUUUAUUUCUUUUAUUAAUUCAAUUAGAAAAUAUUUAUUAUUAUAUGAAGAAAAAAUAAGAAGAAUUAUUUUUGAAGAAUGUAUAAAAAGUCCAAUAGAUAUAUAUUAUAAAAUUAAAAAAUACACUGAAUGUGUAGAAUUUUUAAGCUUCUUAUGUUCUGGUUAUAUAUAUGAUAGCGAAAUAUUUUAUAAAAAAUAUUAUAAAUUUUAUAAAAAUUCUUUUAAUAAUAUUAAUAAUAUUAAUAAUAUUAAUAAUUUUUCUAUGGAAAAAUGUAAGCAAAUACAAGAAUAUAACUACUUUUCUAAUAUUAUAUAUGGUUUAUCUCAUCAAAAUUAUGAAAGCAAAAUUUUAAAAAAAAGUAAUAAUAUUCAUCAAGGUAAUGAGACUAAUCAAGUACUAUAUAUUAAUGAAUUAUAUAAUAAGAAAGAUCAUACUAAUAAAUAUUUGCUAAAAAAAAUAAAUAUUCAAAAUUAUAAUUUAUUCAUUUAUCCAAGAGGAAAUGAAUUAUUAAGUUACAUUUAUAGAUAUUAUUAUUUAUUUAUUAAUACUAAUAAAAAAAAUCUCAUAAAAUUAUGUAACUACAUUUUUUUAAGAAUAAUCAAACCAUUUUUACAUUUUCUCUAUUCAUACGUAUAUAUGGGAUUAAAUAAAGAUUAUUAUUUUGAAUAUAUUAUAAAUAAAAAUGUAGUCAAUCAAUUUUUUUAUGUUUAUCAUAACCAGACACAAUAUUAUGAUAAAAAGUAUUUAUUAUCUAACACAAUUAUUUCUCUCCCAAUUUUUUUAAAAUAUUCUAUUGAAAUAGUUUACAAUACAGGUAUAUUAUCGCAAAUUUUAAGAAUAGCUAGUGAAGAAGAUUUUUAUCUAGCUAUACCAAAAAAUAUAAAUUAUGAAAAUGUAGAAAAUAUAAUAUCUCUAAGAAAAAAGAAAGAAAAUAUUAAAAAAGAUAUAAAUGAAUUUAAUGAUAUUAAAAAAGCAGAUAUUGUAAAAUUAUUAUGUUCUUUUUCAAUAAAUAAAAUUAUAAAUUUUUUAAAUUUUUAUAAUAAUUCUCGCUACAAAAAAGUAGAAAAAAAUGAAAAUUAUGUUAAUAUUUUUAUUAAAUAUUGGAAUAAUGAAAAACAGUCAAAAAUUGUUUAUGAAAAAACAAAAAGAAAUAUAAAUAAGAAAUUACAAUAUUAUUUUUUACGAUUUUACAGUUUAUUAAAUGAUAAUAUUAUUGAAGUAAAUAAAAAUAUAAAAUGUAACAAUUUUAUUAAAGAUAGAAAUACAAUUCAGAAAAAUGCACUACAUGUACAAAAGAAGGAAAGAAAAAAGUUAUGCAAUUUGAUUAAGUUAAAUAAUUCAAGAAUAAUUAAUAAAAAAAGUAAAUUAGAAGAAAAAAAAUGUAAGCUUAAAAAAAUUAAGAAAUUUUAUUCAUAUAAAGAUAAUAAUUUUAUGGAAAAUAAUUAUGAAAAAGUUAAAAAAGAAAAUAAAGAUAAAAAAUUUAGGAGUGUUGAAAAUUUUUUAAAUAACAUCUCUUCUUUCGAAAAUUCUCUAUUAAUAAAAAAUUUAAAUGAUAAUCCUAAUUUUAAUCAUUUUAAUAAAUUCUCUAAUUCUGACUAUUUAAGUGAAUACUACGAUAAUGAAUAUUCUUACAUUUCUGAUUAUUCUGAACAAAUAUUUACUUUUUCUGAAAAUGAUAAUUAUAGUAACUCAUCAAUUGAAUAUAGAAGGAAUAAUAUUUUAGCCUUUAAUAUAAAUUAUAGUGGUGAUGAAAAAUUAGAAAAUGUAAUAACAUUUAAUAUGAAAGGAUGGAACAAAAAUGAUAUGAGACUAAUACAUGAAAGAAAUGAGGAAAUAAAUUUAAAAAAUUAUAAUAAUUAUAAUAAUUAUAAUAAUAAUAAUAAUAAUAAUAAUAAUAAUAAUAAUAAUAAUAAUAAUAAUAAUAAUAAUAAUAAUAAUAAUACAUUAAAUGAAAUUAAUCAAACAAUUAAAAAAGACAAAAAAAAAGAUUACAAAAAAAAAAAAAAAGUAAGUAAACACAAAUUUGAAAUAAAAAGUAUAAAUUAUUUUCUUUAUAGAAAUAUAUUCAUUCCUAUUAAUAAUCAUUAUGAUAAUAUAAAUAAAAUUCUUGUUUAUUCAUUUUUAAUAAAUAAGAAUCUUUUAAUUUAUUUAUGUUUAUUGAAAUGUUACUUAUUUUGUGAGAGUGAAAAGAAUUAUAAAUUUUUAUAUUCAUUAUUAUAUGAUAAAAAAAAUAAAGAUGUAAAUACAAAUAACUUAUACAAUAUUAAUAAUAGAAAAAAAUUAGUAUAUCAUUAUUUAAAUAAAAAUUUUUAUACAGCAAAAAAUUUAUCAACAAAAUUUUUUUACAUAAAUUUUCGAAUAAAUGUACCAUAUUCUUUGAAAAUAUUUUUUGAUGAAGACGUUAUAAAUUAUUAUAAUAAUAUAUACAGGUUAACUUCAUUAUUAUAUUUUUCCUUAAACAAUUUAAAUGAUAUAUUUUUAAUUUUUUCCACAUAUUCAAAACCAUAUAUAUAUAAAUAUUUAGACGAAGAAAAAAAGAAUAAUAAAAUUAAUUAUAAUGAUUUUAAAUAUAUGCAUAUAAUUGAAAAUAUAGCAAAUAAAAAUAAUUUAAAUGAAGAAAAUACAUUUGAAGAAAAAUGCAUCAUAACUAAAAAUUUAUGUAACGUUUUCAUAACGAAACAAAGUUUUUUUAAUGUUGGAUUUCACAAAAAAUUUUUAUAUUACAAAAAAAUGGACAAAUUUUUAGAAAAUGUAAAAAUAUUCAAUGAUGUUUUAAAUGAUUUUAAUAAAAUAAGAUGUGAAAUGAAACUUAUAAUAAAUUAUAUUUAUGACUAUUUAAUAAAUAUGAAUAUCCAUAGAAAUUAUUUCUUUUUCAUUCAUAACAUACUUAAAAUUAACAAAUUUCACAAUUUAAUAAAAUUCCACAAAUCCUUUGUACAACAUGUAUUUAAAUUCUCUUUUUUAUCAUCCAAUUUUUUUUCAUUAAGUAAAAUUAUUUUUAACAUUAUAAAUAUUAUUGAUGUAUUAAAAAAUAUUAUGAAUUCUUUAAUGCCAUUUCUUCAUAGCAGAACUGAAGCUAGCUUUUCGUCUACAUUUGACAAGAAUUUUAAAAUUUUAGAAAAUAAUAUUGUUAUCUUAACAUCAUUAAGUGCGCAAAAUAUUAUUAAAAAGUUUUACAUUAAUAGAGACAACUUAAUUAUUCAAAUAAAAAAAUUUCAAAAUAAUGAAUUAAACUAUAUAUAUAAUAAAUUCUUUUUUAAUGAUUAUUAUACGAAUCUUUUUAAUAGUGAUUGUUCCUCUUAA